AUGUCCAAUAAUUUAAACGUUGAUAGCUUAUAUUUUGAAAGACAAAGAAAAAAACUAUGUGGUCUACAUGUAAUUAAUAAUUUUUUUCAACAAGAAAAAUAUAAUCAAAGGAAAUUAGACGAGAUAGCGUAUGAAAUUGAUAUUUCAAAUAGAUUAAUCAAUCCCCAUAAAAGUUUUUUUGGAUUAGGUAACUAUGAUGCAAAUGUACUAGUUCAUGUAUUUAUAAAUAACGAUUAUGAAAUUCAAUGGUUUGACAAAAGAAAUGCAUUAGAAGAGAUCGACUUUAAUAUGCUGGGUGGGAUUUUAAUCAAUACUGUUACAUUUAGGAUAUUUGGUCUAUAUGAAUCUAGACACUGGACUAUAAUUAAAAAUAUGGAUAAUGAAAGCUCAAUAACAGAAUCAACCUCAUCAACAAUAAAUGACCCAAAUAAUUUAAACUAUGUCCUAUUUGACUCUUCAAAUUCAAAACCAAUUAAAAUUUCAGAAAAAUCAAAACUUAUAAACUAUUUAAAAUAUCUUCAAAAAAAUAGUAAAGCUGAAUUAAUUUUAAUUUAUAAAAACCCAAUUCAUAGCAAUAAUGAAAAAGAAAAUGAAAAAGAAAACAAUAAUAAUAUUAAAUAA